AUGAAGAAAUACAAGGCUAGCUCGUCGGUGGAUUGUAUUUAUAUGGAAACCAUGCUCAACAAACAAAUGAGAUCAAAUAUUAGAAUGAUACAAGAUAGAUAGAUGAAUCCAACUUAAACUCCAAAGCCGAUGUCGCAAAACCAAUCACGAAGAAUCGUAAAAGCUACAAAGGAGCCUUAGCAAUUGAUUAUACAGUUACAAGACAACAAAAUUCUCAUGAGUUAAUUAUGUUAACCAGUUGUUAUCCAUUCUCAUAGAAUCACCUCGAGCAAUAAGCAUUCCACUCUUGAAAGUCCGAAGUUUAAGAGGACCUGUUUACAUUUGGAUAAUCCUCAAAACAAGAUAAAGCAUUAACAUUAUUUAAAAAAGGGUGGACAAGUAUAGUAUCCUCCAAAAGAAACUAAAUCUUGGUACCCUUUUGCAAGAAUAAAGAGAAAACAGUUAUUAACAAGCUUUAUCGAUUAAAAAUAAGCUCAAAUCAAUUAAAACAAUCUAAUCAUCACUCAUUUCUAGUCUAUGGCUGAUCUAACAGGCUGGUAGACCAAUGAAGAUCCACAGAUGGAAUUGUAAUGAUAAUAAUUAAUAUUUCUAUUUUUAUGUAAUCAUUAACACAAUUUGUU